AUGUUACUUCGUUCACAGGAGACAGAUAAGGCUACUAUUGAUGUAGAAGCACAAGAGGACGGCGUUUUAGGGAAAAUCCUUGCGAAGGAAGGUGAACGUGGAAUACCUGUUGGAAAACUCAUCGCUCUUUUAGUUGAAGAGGGUGACGACAUUUCAAAUCUCGAAAUACCGAAAGACGAGGCAGUAGCCAAGCCAGCUGAACCGACCAAACCUUUGCAAUCGGAAAAGCAGUCAGAUGCACCACCUACUUCUUCUCCGGCACUGUUGAAUGAGGCUGGCGUUGAGGAUUAUAAGAAGAUCAAAGGAACCGGAGUUAGGGGGAUGCUAACCAAAGGUGACGUGCUCGCUUUCUUAGGGAAGGCGUCCAGUCCUACUGGAACCUACAAGAUGGCCCCCACCGCCAUCGGUGCUCCUGCAGCUGCCGCACCACCAGCCAAAAAGGAGCCUGUCGAUGCCUUGACUUUACGUCAAAUGAUUGUUUCUGGCUUGUCAGAGUUGUCCUCUACGAAGGCUACUCCUCAAA